AUGGUCAAGUAUCUCAAGGUUUUAACAGCAUUUGCUGCUGUUAUGACUAAUGUUUUCUCCUUUGGUAAUAAUGGUGGUCGUGUGGUUGCUACCAACUUUGACGCGCUCGAGAUUCCUGAUAAGAAUGUCACUGCUACAAGUCUAAGGGGCGCCUCUCGUAGUAGAAACAAUACAAAUGGUCUUACAGCAAAAAACGCCUGCGUUCUUGCUAAGUUUACGACUGCAACUGAAGACUUUAUUGCGCUGAACAACAUCGUGGACAUCAUCAAUGCGUCGCCGUCAGUGCUCAAGCAAUAUGUCGCUGAUCCUUUCGUCAUUAAUGACCGUUCGCUGCCUACAUUCAAAUUCAAAUUCCGCGGCUACACGUUCAAUGCGACGGUCGCGAUUGACUGGUUGAACGUGACGGGUACUACGACAAUGGCACCUAUGGCAGUGAAUGUCACGAGCGCCAGUACGCUAGAUGUAGGUACGAGAUUUACAGGUAAUGUGACACUUACGGGAUCACUUACAGUUGAUCUUGCUCAGCAUGAUCACAAAUGGUACCAAAUCUGCUGGGUCAAUCCAUUGCGCCCAAUUUACUGCGAGCCGAGUACAAUCAAGAUGGCACUAAUACUCUCAGUGUAUAAGCCACAAAUUGCGGCUCACGUUCGGGCCAACUUGUACGAAUGCGCGCCAGGCAUUCCCACGUCCGUGUGCCAAAACUUGACAGUAAGUAGUAUUAUGGCAGAUGCUAUGGCUGGCAACAUCACACACGCGUACACGUCCAUAUUGAAGAAUUUUAAGGAUGCAAGGGUCAACACGGUGGCAUUGAAUUGGGACUACGUUUCCAACAUUUACUUUGAUGUUUACCAAGCAGAGUGGUUCCUCUCUAAAUUUAUUGGUGGCCUGUAUGACUUUUCAGUCGAACGUUUGAACCAGAAAAAGGGAUACUACCAUCGUGUUUUCCUUGAUGUCGCACACACGAUUCUUCUAUCGCUGACGAAUACCAUCAUUGACGCGUUGAAGCCGCUGUUUGGUUACACGUGUCUAUAA